AUGAAUGGCCAUUUCGCAUCCAACGAGGCGGCGACGCCGGAGCAGUACGAGCAUGGCGUCCAAGUGAUAGACGAGGACAAAACUUUCAACUCGAAACUUGGAACAUACCUUGCCAUCGAAAACAUCAUACCAGCUGGAUUCAACUACCAUUUGAUAUCUGUCUUUGGUUCACAAUCGACUGGCAAAUCGACGUUGCUCAACCACUUGUUUGGCACCCAGUUUGGGGUGAUGUCAGAGGAGGAACGGAAGCAGACAACGAAGGGUAUUUGGCUAUCGAAGAAUAAGAAAGAUGGUGCAAAGGACAACUCAAACCAACGAUCCAUGGCAGAGAAUAUCCUCGUCAUGGAUGUCGAAGGGACCGAUGGUAGAGAACGAGGCGAAGAUCAAGACUUUGAGCGGAAAGCCGCCCUUUUUGCUUUGGCUACCAGCGAGGUGCUGAUUGUCAACAUAUGGGAACACCAGGUCGGGCUUUAUCAAGGUGCAAACAUGGGGCUGUUGAAGACCGUGUUCGAAGUCAAUCUUCAGUUGUUUGUUAAGGAUAGAGAAUCCAUACCCCGAUCGCUGCUAUUCUUCGUCAUCCGCGACCAUUUAGGACACACACCCCUUGCCAACCUUCGAAACACCCUCCUACAAGACCUGUCGCGAUUAUGGUCAACCAUCAACAAACCACCAGGUCUCGAAAUUUCUACCAUCGAUGACUACUUCGACUUCGCCUUCGUCGCACUGCCCCACAAGAUCCUCCAACCCGAUGCUUUCGUAGCUUCGAUCGACAAGCUAGGAAAGCGAUUCAAGGAGGGCUAUAAGGAUCCCAAUAAAUCCCAGCCUAAAUUUCUGGAGAACGAAGAUGAACCGAUUCUAUUACCGCAGUACCACCGACGCAUUCCCGCCGACGGAUUUCCGAUAUAUGCGCAAAGCGUAUGGGAUCAGAUCAACAGCAAUAAGGAUCUCGACCUACCCACGCAGCAGGAGUUACUCGCGCAGUUCCGCUGCGAUGAGAUUUCACGCGAGGUGCUCGAGGAGUUCGACGAGGUGAUCAUGCCGUUUGAACGGAAACAGGCCGAAGGAGCGCGUGUCGGGACGCCUGUCGUCGUCUCGGAUCUGGGCAAGGGGAUCAACAAGGCCCGCGCCACCACCAUCGCAAGCUUCACCGAGAAGGCCAGCCGGUACCACAAGGGCGUCUUCGCGCGCAAGACGGUGGAGUUGGAAGACAAGAUCGACUCGCGCCUGAAAGUGUUGGUAAAAGGACAAUUGGACGCCGCGCAUCGAGACUCUAUCCGCGGCUUUAGCGAGGGCGUCAGCCAAGAAGUCAAGCUCAAUCAGAAGAAAGGCGGCGUGUAUGACUUUGCGGAGAUCGUUGACAAUAAGAAGCAAGCGGCGCUUGAAUUGUUCGUGUCCGUCGCGACGGCGACGGCCAUCGAGGGCGCUGACUGGAGUUCGUUCGAUGAGGAACUGGUGCUGUUGAAAAAAGAGCUGGACGACGCUAGCAAGCGGCUCAGGGGCGAGGAGAUGCGCCGACUGGCGACUCGGGUCGAGCGAUGGGUUAAGUCACGAGUUGGAGAAGCUGUGGGGCUGGAGUUCAAUAAAUUGGGCUCCGGACGCGGUGGCUCCGGCGCACCGGCUGAGGGUGAGAAGCCGGCGGAUGAGCGGGACUUGUGGGAUCGGGUGUGGAAGACGUUCGUCGACAUCGUCGCGCACGCGGAGUCCCGGUUCAGCGACCGCGCCAAGAGUUUCGACGCCAGCCCGGAAGAAGUGGAGGUCGGGCUGUGGCGAUUGCGAAGGAAAUCGUGGGGCGUAUUGCAGGACAAGAUCGAGGAAGAGCUGAUGGAGGGUAAUCUACUCUUGAAACUGCGCGAAAACUUCGAGGACAAGUUCCGGUACGACGACGAGGGCGUACCGCGCAUCUGGCGGCCGACGGACGAUAUCGAAGGGCUGUAUACCCGCGCCCGCGAGUCGACGCUUACGCUCAUCCCGCUACUCGCGCGCUUUAAACUGCUCGCGACGAACUCGCCGCCACCGCUAGAAGAGUGGAUCGGGAACGCACCGCAGGCGAUGACGCCAGCGGACGAAGAGGACCUCGCUCCGAUUGGCGGGGUGGAUGAGGAGGAAGGCACGAGUCUGGAGGAAGAGAUGACUGUGUUGAGCGAUGUGAAGAUUCAAGAUCUGACGGUGCGGUUUAAGAAGACGGCGGAUGGAGUGUAUGUGGAGGCGAAGCGAAGUGCCAUUGGAGGGAUUACUCAGGUGCCAUUGUAUUUCUAUGGGAUUUUGCUGGCGCUGGGUUGGAACGAGAUCGUUGCUGUGCUACGAAACCCUGCCCUGUUCAUCCUCCUAAUCCUCUCCAUAGUCGGCGCAUACGUUACCUACACCCUCAACCUCUGGGGCCCUAUGAUCCGCAUGACCAACGCUGCUUCACAGCAAGCCCUCGAGAUCGGCAAGGAGAAAUUGCGGGAGUUCCUCGAGCAGUCGGACGCGGGGAGGCAGGCGAUGGCCAUGAGUGGCGAAUCCCGACGAAAAGAUGCGGAUAACAUCAGCUUGGAUACGUUGAAUAGCCAGGGCAGGAGGGCCAAUGAUGACGAUGACGAUAUUUGA